CGAUCCUCCUCGAAUACGUUUGUGAUACGUCUCUCAAACUCAUCCAUGUAUCACGGUCCAGAAGCUCAUUGUGCGACUUCACGAAGCCAGACAACAACUUCUUGUCCUCGCUAGACUUGCUUGGAGCUGGCGUACUCGUACACUCAUUUCCGUUCUCCGCUAGACUCAGACAGGCAUCCGAAGCAGUGAUAUGUGGACCCAAUGCACUUGUCUCGCUGCGGUCUUAUUCGGUCUAUCGUCUGAGCUGACGACGUUGUUACCUCAAAGUUCAGACCCAGAUGUCCGUGGCCCUUCUUAAUUUGAACACCAAAAUCUUCUUGAUGAAUUCAAUAUCCACGGGUGCUAUGCAGAAUGAGUCUGGUCCAAUGUCCAUGUCUGCAGACGAUGGUAUGCUCCCACUGAGUCUAAGGCCGCAUGAAAGCGUGGGCCUUGAGGUCAUCCGUGCAACACUAUAUGUUAGCGAGUCUACACACCCUCUUCUGAUUUGCUGCACUGAACUAUGGGAAGACGUUGCUCUCACCUCUCACCUUUAGUGCUUUUCUCAUUGCGAUAAAUAACACGGAAAACCCCCUCUAUUAGAAGCCUUCAUCAAUGUGCCAUAAAUGCUUCGUACGGCUGAGCGGUUUCUGGAAUACAGUAGGGAUGGCGGACACUUAGCAAAGAUAAUGUGACCUAUCUAUAUCCACCAUGUUGCAAUCGUCUCAUCCACCAAUAUGAACCUACACCAUACCGGAUACGAGCACUUUCACAACACGAAAUCUCCUCGAUGCAGAUGCCCGCAGUUUU